AUGGAUGAUGAACAAAAACGACCCGACAAGGGUCACUACUUUCAGCAGCAUGCCCGCCGCCUUCUCAAAUCCACUGACUCCUCCGUGUCAUCGAGGUCCAUCUCACUCGAUGCUGCGCUGAUUGCCAACUUAGCUCUCGAGGACAAGUUGGAGGCUGAAGCCUCCGCCGAAACCCCAGAAGCCUGUCUCAAGCGUAUGCUUUCUAUCAAGUCCGUUGUAUCCACCUCUUCUUCCUUCGCAGCACGCCAGAAAGCUUCCAUCGACGCCAAUGCUACAUUUAAGGAGAUUGGAACAGGUUCCAUUGGCAAGGUCUUUGAACAUCCUGGAACUGUGUUUGUGUACAAGCUUCCAUUGUCUGAUGACCCAGACAAGCUUUGGAACAACUACAAGAUGCAUCAGCGAGUCAAGAUUAGCUUUGAGACACUGCCCUACAUGGAUGGACAAGUUGAAAUCCCUGAGUGUUUUUGGUAUGCGACACCAGACUCAAAUGCUUUCUGGGACGAACAUAUAGACAACUUCGCGUUCACCCAGCAGUUUCCCAAGAAACGCAGACAUGUCCUCUGCAUGGAGCGUAUAUUUCCACUUCCCCGUCCAAUUAGAUGGGCUUUGAUCGACAAGUUUUGUCCCCCACAAGGUCAGACCAUGGCCAGAAACAACGAAGCAAACAAGGACUGCUUGGUUCGUCUAUACUUUGGACGCCUAAAGUACGGGAUGGGCUCCAGAUUUUUUUCCCUUCGCAAUUUCAAGCUUCACGCCAACCAGAUCAAGGAACUGGAUCUCGACAUGCCCGAGCUAAUUAACGCUCUAGCGCAUGCUAUGGCUGUUUUACAUUGGCAUACCCGCAUAGAUGGCAAUGACGUCGAGUUUGUCCUAGGCAGCUCUCCAAUGGAAGAACAGAAGGUUCGAGGGCGCAUGGACUUACAAACCCUGAACAGCUACACCGGCCCGACUAGCAAUUACGAGAAAAUGACCCAUUCCCGAACCGACUUCAGCAAGCGACUAACAUCUUUGUGGAUGGUUGAUUUUGAUGACUGUGGGGAUAUUUCCAUGGACGAGCGCGGAAUUGCCAAGGCAGUCAAGGCUUUCAUUGAGACGAACCAUUACUGCCCGCGCCCAAACACAGGAAAUAAGUUUAUUGAACAGGCAUGGACUCAUUUUGGUAACAGUUAUCUUUCUUGGAGUGCGAGAGUCUUGGAGAAAACAAACUCUGUACAUUUGAAAGACUUUCAUCAGAAGUUUCUUGUUGGUGUUUUCCAGGGGACGAAAAAGACAGUGUAA